CUCAUCCUAACCUCUGACCUUCCUGUAGAUGGAUGGUAGUCGUAGUAACAAGCGCUCCCAUGGUGAGAGGAUCAAGUACAAGCUGGUGGUGGUGCCUCAUGGGAACGACAUUGCCUCGCUGUUUGAGCUCGACCCGACCACUCUGCAGAAAACCGACUCCUUUGUGCCACGGAAUUCGUAUGUACGACUGAGGCAUCUCUGCACCAACACGUGGAUCCAGAGCACCAACGUUCCCAUAGACAUCGAGGAGGAGCGACCCAUCAGACUCAUGUUGGGGACGUGUCCCACUAAAGAAGACAAGGAGGCGUUCGCCAUCGUCUCAGUUCCAGUGAUGGAGAUCAGAGAUCUGGACUUUGCAAACGAUGCCAGCGCCAUGCUGGGUACCGUGGUGGACCAGUUCAGCAAGGGCUUCAUCAGCCAGAACGACCGCAGGUCUGCCAUUAAGCUGCUGGAGGAUGUGGUGUUCUUUGUGGCAGACGUGACGAACAGCUAG